AUGUGGAAGGGGUUUCGGGGCCUGCAAGCGGUGGUGAAGGAAGGGCUGCAGGAGCUGGGCCGCGAUGCGCUCCGCGAGACAGGCAUGAUCAAGGAAGCGGUUGCGCCUCGGCUAGCCGGGUCGGGAAUCCUGGGAUUGGUGGGAGUGCAGUCAGGAGACGAGCGAGAAGGAGAGGGACGAGAGGAGGAGGAGGAAGAGGACGGAUGGGGUCUGGAGGACGACGCGGAAGAAGUGAAAACUGAUGAGCGAGUUGCGUCAGGAGAAUCCGAGGAACCAAUUCCCUUGUCGUCGCAUCCCUCCGCCUCCGCACUGGAGCCCUCGCCUGACAUUGAGCCACGUGGGGAAUCCUCGGACCACCCAGGCUUGGCUGUCGCCCCCGACACGAGCCUUUCCUCGCCGUCGCCUCGCGAGAACGACCUUCCCGUUACCGCGUCGUCUCUUAGCGAGGAUAGCGGUAGCGGUGGUGCGGUUCCCGCUGCGCUGCCAGAGUCCAGCGGGCUCAUGUCGUUUCUUGAGCCCGCGCACGAAACGGACGCGCAGCUGCUGCAGCCGCGCGCGGCGGAAGAGCGACCGGACAUGCCCGUCGGUGAGAAGGAUGACGUGGCAGGUGAAGAGAGACGGGGUGGCGAUGCGGACGUUGCGGCCAGGGGAACGGAAUUAGGAAACCCGGCUUCCACUGAAGCUGGGAAACAGAGAUCAGAAUUGCCGGCGGAGGGUCGAAAAGCGGAUGAGGCGGCCGCAGGGCGGGAAGGGGUGGCUUCUGCGGAUGGGCAAGCGGAGAGCGCGGGUGGGGGGGAAGGUGGAAACGAGGGUUCCCCAAGGGAUGGGUUAGCGCGCGGGGAGGCUGGCCCUGGGGAGGCGGAAGGGCACGCGCAGGUGGCGGCAGGCGGAGCCGCGGACGGGGUAAGCGGGGAUCGCCCAGCGGCGAUUGCAGCUGCGGAUACAAGCGAGGAGGUGAGGGGAGGGGGAAGCGAGGAGGGGGAGGAAGAGGAGGAUCGGGAGAGCAGCGGGCGGGAGGUGGCGUCGCUGCGACGGCAGUUGGCGCAGCAGCGGGAGGUGAGCGCUGUGAGGGAGACAGUGCUCGUGGAAGAGCUGACGUGGAUGAAGAGCGAGCUGACGCGGCUGCAGGCGGCAGCGCGGGAGGCGGAGAAGGGGAGGGAGGAAGUGGAGAGGCGGAGAGCGGAAGAGGAACGGAGGCGCAACGAGGAGACGCAGAAGCUGAGCGCGGAGAGUGGCGCGCGGGAGAAAGCGCGGCGGAAGGCGGAGGGGGAGGUGGAGCGGCUGCAGGUGCUGUGCGCGCAGCUGCAGGCGUCGCUGGCGGAGGCGGCGGAGGGGCGCGAGGCGGACGCGAAGGCGCGCGAGCAGAUGGCGCGGAGGGUGGAGCGGAUGGAGGACGAGCUGGAGGCGGAGCGCGUGAAGGCGCGCAGCCUGCAGGCGGAGAUGGCGGACGUGGAGGCGGGCGCGGACGAGGAGAUGGGGGAGCUGGAGGAGCGCGUGGGCGCGCUGGAGGCGCGGGUGGCGGAGCUAGAGGCGGAGAAGAAGGGCAUGGCGCGGGCGGCGGAGGAGGAGAGGCGCGAGUGGCGGAGGAAGGUGGAGGCCGCGGAGGCCAUGGCGAGUGCUGCUGCUGCCGUGCAUAAGAAGGACCUGGAGGCGGUGGAGAGGAAGCGGGAUGCUGCGCAGCAGCAGGUGCAGAAGCUGCGGGAGGAGCUGGGGGGGGCGAACAAGGCUCUGGCGGAGGCAAGGGAGGCGGUGAGAGUGAGUGAGGCGGAGAGGGCGGAGCUUGAAGAGGUGGCGGGGGAGAGAGAGGCCAGCAUGGAGGCUGCUCGCACCCAGCUCACACAUUUGCAGGCCGAGUGCUCUUCCCACCCUCGCUCCCCCCCCCCGCGUCCCACCGUGUUCUUCAAUCCCGAUCCCGCUUAUUGCACUACCCACCUCUUUCACCUCCCUCCUGUUCCCCCGCCACCCUUCCCCCAACCGUCCCUCAUACGUAUUACUUCCUCCGGCCCAUCCCUUCACUCUCCCCCUCUCCAACUUCCCCUGAUCGCUCCUCAGUUGGAGGUAGCGCGGAGGGAGGCAGCAGAGGGCGGGGUGAAGGUAGCAGAGGCGAUGGCGGAGGUGUAUGCAGCGAGGAAGGAGGUGCGCGCACGGGGCGUGCAGGCAGAGGAGACCCAGCAGCUCGAGGCCAAGCUCUCUGCCGCCACUGCUGCUGCUGCCAGCGCAGGCGCAGAGGCGGAGGAGCUGAAGGGGAAGGUGGCGGCGGGGGAGCGGGAGGUGAAGCAGGUGCGGCGUGGGCUUGCCGCUGUGGAGGCUGAGCUGGCGCUGGCCAAUCAGAGAGCGGCGGAGGCGGAGCAGCAGGCUGAGGAGGCCAAGAGGCAGCGUGCGCAGGCGGAGGGCACGAGUGAGCAGCUGAGGGAGGAGACGGAGCGGCGGGCAAAGUUAUUCAACGCCGCUGUCAAGGCUUCUGUCAGCAGGAUACAAUCGGUGAGUCAGCAGAUGCAGUCGGUGAGUCAGCAGAUGCAGUCGGUGAGUCAGCAGAUACAGUCGGAGUUGGAGGAGGAGCGGGACGAGGCGUUGCAGCAGGUGCAACAGCAGGGGGAGGCGAUGGAGCAGAUGAGACAAGACAUGCGAGCUCUGGAGGUGCGGCUGGUGGAGGUGGAGGGGGAGCGAGCGGCACUGGAGAAGAGGGGGGAGGAGGCGGAGGGGAGGGAGGUGCAGCAGCAGGUGGUGGUGGAGCGACUGAGGAGGGAGGUGGAGGAGGGGGAGGGGCGCGUGAGAGCAGCAAUGGUGGCGGCAGAGGGGGAGAGGCAGGCGGUCAAGCAGCUGCAAGGCAAGCUGGCAGAGUCGGAGGCGAGGAAGGUAGAGGCAGAGGCGGCAGCAGGGGCGAGAGAGAAGGAAGUGGAGGCACUGCGGCAGCAGGUGGCUGACAUGCAGCGCGAGAGCACCUCGCUCAAGGUGGCAGCACUAGAGGCGUCCAACAGGGCAGGGGAGGAGGAGCGGCGGCUGCAGAGGAGAAUCAGCGAGUUGGAACAGCAGGUGGCCUCUGCUGCUGCCCGCGCUUCCAAGGCGGAGGAAGCUUCUGAGAAGGAAGGGCCCAGGAGAGUGAGCGGUGAUGGUGCGGGGAGCAGUGGGAGCAGCACGGCGGUGACAUCAUCGGCCAAGGCGCGGGCGGGUGGGGGUGGCGGUGCGGGUGGGGGAGCAGGGUGGAGCAACCCAUUGGAGGGGUUGGGACUGGAGACGGUGCGGUGGAAGGAUAAGCUCAAGGCUGAGAGCGAGGGCGAUGUGGAGGCCGGACCAUCAUCCGCUGACAGAUCACGAAAGUCGCGACUUACGCAUUCGAGUCAGAAUCUGUCUGCCACGUCAGCAGGCACACUGGCCUCACUGGUUGGCUCGGCCCGCCGCCUCUUCUUUGAAGACGAUCGUCUUUCCGCUGCGCCUGGGAGAGUGUCUCGCCGCACCUUCCUUCUACUUGCUUAUGUCUUCCUCCUCCACCUCAUG